UGAUGCUGGUGUGGGUUUUGGUGCUGACCGCACUGCUUGUCAGUGAUGUGGCGGGGACAAAUAAUUCCUUGAAAGUGGAGGAGAUUCAGAGGGACCCUGAAAAACAUGGAAUAUCCAGAGGACCCUGUGAUGAAAACUGGUUUUAUUUUUCUGAAUUAAACUCCUGUUACAGGUUUUUCUGUGACAAGAAGACAUGGCAGGAAGCUGAGGACUUCUGCAAUCACCGCCCACAUUACGGACAGCUGGCUUCUGUGACCUCGAAGGAACACAACACAUUCAUUUCUAACGUGAUUGGCGCUGUGAAUGAAGACAAGCCAACUGCAUGGAUUGGCCUGAAUGACAGAUGCAAGGAGGGGACUUUCACAUGGAUUGAUGGAUCUUCGUACAGUUACCAAAACUGGCAUCAGGGUGAACCUAACAAUAACAACAACGAAGACUGUGUGAACAUUCAUUAUUUCCAUGAUGGAACAUGGAAUGAUGCACCAUGUCAGAAGAAAAUUGGUUUUGUUUGUUCCUACAAACUGCAUUGUGGUUAGAAGUUUCCAGAAUCAUCCACUCAUCCUUUCCACAGUGGAUUCAGUGCCUUGAUUUCUCUGCAGCCGCUCUCACUGCCUGU